UUUUGAAUUUUGUAAAUAUAAGAUAAUUUCAGUAUUUGCAUGCUUUUAGAUAUCUAUAUUAAUUAUUAAUUAAUUUCCCGCAUGGAUAUACCUGUGCCAGAAUGCAUUACAAGGAGUUUUAUAUUUGAGUAUGAAGAAAUAUUGGAAGAAAAUGGAAUCAAAAAGGUAAUUUUACCCAUCUGUAUACCCAAUGAAAUAGAUUAUGAUGAGCUAAUUGGUCAAUAUAUCACUGAAUAUAAUAUUCCUCCUUAUGAAGAAGAAAGUUUUCAUAAGAAACUAAUUGAAUUUAUAAAGCUAGAAUCUAUCAACCAUUACAAGUUUGUAACAAAUACCUAUGUCAAUGCAUUUUUGAAUAGUAAUGAUGAUAUAGUAUCAAAAAUAGCUGACCACUGGGCUAGUUUUUUUGAAAAUGAGCCAAAAUUUUCUGAAUCUACAGGAGAUCUUAGUAAAAAUCUUAAAGAUAGAUUUAAUGAGAUGUCAGAUGAAGAAAUUUUUGCAGAAGCUUAUACCCAUUUAAUUAUGACACAAUAUUUAGAAACAAUGUUACAAUUGGAAGAUGAACAUUUAAUUCAUAUUAGAGAUUUACUUAAACAAAGAGAUCAAGAUAUUAUAAACCUCAACAAAAAGAAUAAACUUGAAAUGGAAGAUGCAUUAAAUUCUAAUAUCAAUAAAUUGGUCAGUUCUUUGGCCAAUUCUCAUUCGGACGAAAUGCAUUUGUCUCAAUCUAGUUGGGAUAGUAAACUUACCUGUGUCAAGGCGGUUCAAAGGAAAGAGUUAAGGGAAUGGGUCAUGAAAGUUUACGAAGAUGAUAUAUUACUCAAAAAGCAUGAUAAUGACAGUGUUAGUAAUGACGCAAAUGGUAGGAUUAUGAAAAUUGAUAAAGAUGCUAAAAAUAAAGACACUUUAAUAUUAAAUUCCUGUAAAUCUGAUGAGCAGAUUGAUAAUAAUCUUUUUAAAAUUACGGGUGAUAUAUCGGAUGUCAUUAAAAAUAUAAAUAUCGACGAUGAUACCCAUGAUUCGUGCAGGGUAUUUCAGGAAGAAAGCUUCAGCGUUCAUCUGGGAUGUCAGCUCAAAUCUAUGUACAAUUUGAGACUUCUCAAAUGUAAUUACUUGCCUCAUUUUUGCGAUUUCCAAAACAAUUCAAGAACUGCCAAAUCAUACAGUCCAGACCCCGUAAAACUACAAACAUUACUUACUCUCUAUACCGACAAACUGAACGCUAUCAUAUUAAUCGAAGACGGCCGUUUGAACCCGACUGUUCCAGGAAUGCUCAAUGAAUUAGCAAAAAUAUGCGAAAAAUCGACAGAAUAUCAUUUUCCCGAUUUGGAUCAUCAAUUAGAUAACGUGAGACGUAUAUGCUCAUCAUCCUCCGAUGUCAAUGCUAUCGCUAAUAACGAUAAUUUUUCCUCUCGUAUUAUGAAAGUAGAAGUUAGUGGAGACAUUAAAUCAACCGAACGUAUUGCCGCAGAUCCUGAUCAAAUUCUUGAAACUGGGGACGUGUACAUAACUCGGCAUUCCAACUUAUCCCGGACCCAUGUGGUUUUUCACUUGUGCGUUAACGAGAUGGAUGAAUGGAACUGGUUAGGGUCCGGUAUGGAUACCAGUGUUAGGCAGCAUUUCCAACUUUUCGAAGGUCUCAGGAACAUAGUUAAAACUUGUUUCAGUCUUUACGACGUUCAAUCGUUGACCAUACCCUUACUGUUGGGCAACCAAUUAAACGAGGAAAUGACCCUGAAUUGGUGCCUUAAAAGGGCAGAGCUAGUUUUUAAAUGCGUCAAGGGUUACGUGAUAGAGAGUCAAAGCUUUUCGUCUAGCCCCUUAUAUCAGCCCCAUAUUAUUACAUCGUCGACCGUGGACUCGAGUGUAUCGCAUAACAAAUGUAAAAUCGUACAAUUUCAAUUGCCGGCUCAAAUGAGUGAGACAGCCUUCGAUAAUAUAUGUAACACCUUACCCAAUAUAUUCAGACUCCCAACACCCAUCGUUAGGUGAUUCGUACUAUGAAAAUUAAAACAGUGGUGAUGAAAGUUCUGAUAAUAUCCCAAGCAUAAUCUUUAUUUAUAAUUCCGUCUAUUUAUAUUUAUAAUAUAAUAAUUAGACCAUUUGUUUAAGAAAACUAAAUAAUUUGAGUUAAAAGUCAUGAUUUAACUUAAAACUACGUUUAAUAUAUUUUGUACCCUUUUUUUCCAAUGGUAUCUUAUAAAAUUAUAUUUUAAGUAAAAUUAAACUAAAAAUAUGCAUAGAAUUAUUUUUUAUCUUUCUUUCUAUCCCCAUAAACCUCAUACCAUGGAAGGCUAAGGAAAUUUCAAUUAGUAAAUUACCAACAUUUCAAAAAUAAAUUUAAUUAUUAUUUUUUUUGAUAAAUGCAUUAUUAUAGAACAAUC